GUCUCGCGUCUCCUCGUCUUCGCUGAAACCGUCUCCAGUCUCCACAGCCCACGACCGACUUUGAAGCUCACUCUUUGUCCAUUUCUGUUUCUUGCUGCUUUUUUCCCGCGUCGCGCAGGAGCUGCUCCGCCAUGGCCAAAGGAGAAGGUUGCGAGCAAUACUCCAACGCCAGUUUGCUAAAUAAAGCGUCGGAUUGUGACGGCAUCACGCAGUCUAAGAAGCACGAGCAGAGGAACAGAUUGUCCGUCUGCAACAAGAUCUGCUACGCCAUAGGUGGAGCGCCAUACCAGAUCACAGGAUGUGCCUUAGGCUUCUUUCUGCAACUCUACCUGCUGGAUGUAGCACAGCUGGAUCCCUUUUACGCCUCAAUCAUCCUGUUUGGGGGCCGUGCAUGGGACGCAAUAACGGACCCCACAGUGGGCUUCCUGGUGUCCCGCAGUCCAUGGACACGUUUUGGGCGCAUGCUACCCUGGAUCGUGCUGUCAACCCCUCUGGCAGUGCUCUCCUACUUCCUCAUUUGGUACGUCCCCCCCUUUGAGGACCGCAAAGUCAUCUGGUACCUCUUCUUCUACUGUGUCUUCCAGACCCUUCAGACUUGCUUCCAUGUGCCGUAUUCUGCCCUCACCAUGUUCAUCAGCACAGAGCAGAAAGAGAGGGACUCUGCCACUGCCUACAGGAUGACUGUGGAGGUUCUAGGCACCGUGCUUGGUACCGCCAUCCAGGGUCAGAUUGUGGGCAUGGCCAACGCGCCCUGCGUGCCAGGUCCAGGCGCCAUCUUGGCCAACAUGAGCAACUCGUCAGCAUCAGCCGGCCUCAACGGCACGGAGCACGUCAUCACGCUGCAGCACACGAGGACGGCCUACAUGAUCGCCUCCGGUGUCAUCUGCUUGAUCUACGUCCUGUGCGCCAUCGUGCUGUUCUUUGGCGUGAAGGAGAUCAAAGAGUCCAGUCGUCCCAAGUCCGAACCCUUAUCCUUCCUGCAGGGCAUCAAGCUGGUGAUGGGACACGGGCCCUACGCCAAACUGGUCAUGGUCUUCCUCUUCACCUCCUUAGCCUUCAUGCUCCUGGAGGGAAACUUUGCUCUAUUCUGCAGCUACACACUGGGCUUCAGAAACGACUUCCAGAACAUUCUUCUGGUCAUCAUGCUCUCUGCCACCCUCACCAUCCCCUUCUGGCAGUGGUUCCUCACCAAAUUCGGAAAGAAGACGGCAGUUUACGUCGGCACGUUGUCUGUAGUCCCCUUCAUGAUCCUGGUGGUGUGUUUGAAGAGCAACCUCAUCGUCACCUACAUCGUCUCCUUCGCCGCCGGAGUGGGAGUGGCCGCAGCUUUCCUUCUGCCAUGGUCCAUGCUGCCAGACGUGGUCGACGACUUCCAAGUCAACAACCCUCAGGCCACCGGACACGAGGCUCUCUUCUACUCUUUCUACGUCUUCUUCACUAAGUUCGCCUCCGGGGUCUCGCUGGGCAUCUCCACCCUCAGUUUAGAUUUUGCAGGCUAUAUCUCCCGAGGUUGCUCUCAGCCAGCAGAGGUGGACAUGACGUUGAAGGUUCUGGUGUCGGCCGCUCCCAUCCUCCUCAUCAUGAUCGGCCUGGCCAUCUUGUACACCUACCCUAUUGACGAGAACAAGAGGCAAGAAAACAGGAAGGCGUUACAAGACCAAAGGUAUGAAGCAGACUCUGAAACUGAAUCCACUGAACUUUCCCACAUGAUCUAAGAAGACUGACUCUUGUCCAAGAAGAAUUGGCCAUCAGACUCUUGUCCAACAAGACUGACUCUUGUCCAAGAAGACUUGGCCAUCAGACUCUUGUCCAAGAAGGCUGACUCUUGUCCAUGAAGGCUUGGCCAUCGAAGACUUGGCCAUCAGACUCUUGUCCAAGAAGACUGACUCUUGUAUAAGAAGACUGACUUGUGUAAGAAGACUAGGUGUUGUCCAAGAAGACUGACUUGUGUAAGAAGACUAAGUGUUGUCCAAGAAGACUGACUUGUGUAAGAAGACUAAGUGUUGUCCAAGAAGACUGACUUGUGUAAGAAGACUAAGUGUUGUCCAAGAAGACUGACUUGUGUAAGAAGACUAAGUGUUGUCCAAGAAGACUGACGUGUGUAAGAAGACUAAAUGUUGUAUGAGAAGACUGACUUGUGUAAGAAGACUAAGUGUUUUCCAAGAAGGCUGAAUUUUGUAAGAAGACUUAAGUGUUGUCCAAGAAGACUGACUUGUGUAAGAAGACUAAGUGUUGUAUAAGAAGACUGACUUGUGUAAGAAGACUAAGUGUUGUAUGAGAAGACUGACUUGUGUAAGAAGACUAAGUGUUGUCCAAGAAGACUGACUUGUGUAAGAAGACUAAGUGUUGUAUGAGAAGACUGACUCGUGUAAGAAGACUAAGUGUUGUAUGAGAAGACUGACUUGUGUAAGAAGACUAAGUGUUGUAUGAGAAGACUGACUUGUGUAAGAAGACUAAGUGUUGUAUGAGAAGACUGACUUGUGUAAGAAGACUAAGUGUUGUAUGAGAAGACUGACUUGUGUAAGAAGACUAAGUGUUGUAUGAGAAGACUGACUCGUGUAAGAAGACUAAGUGUUGUAUGAGAAGACUGACUUGUGUAAGAAGACUAAGUGUUGUAUGAGAAGACUGACUUGUGUAAGAAGACUAAGUGUUGUAUGAGAAGACUGACUUGUGUAAGAAGACUAAGUGUUGUAUGAGAAGACUGACUUGUGUAAGAAGACUAAGUGUUGUAUGAGAAGACUGACUUGUGUAAGAAGACUAAGUGUUGUAUGAGAAGACUGACUUGUGUAAGAAGACUAAGUGUUGUAUGAGAAGACUGACUUGUGUAAGAAGACUAAGUGUUGUAUGAGAAGACUAAGUGUUGUCCAGUCACGCUGCUACUUUCUUCAACAGGCUGCACAACAAGACUUUUUUUUGAAUUUUUUGGUUUUUUUUUUUGAAUAUUUCCUCUGUGAUAUGAACUCGCUGGCCAAAGCCUUACUUUUUCUACUGCCAAGACCUGCUGGUGUUUGCUCCCUCAUCAAAGUGCACAAGUAGUUUUUCUAGCUGACAUCCACAAACAUGAGGCCUUAGUUUCAGCUGAGUUGUCUGGCAGGAAGAAGGAAAAGCUCCAUCUUGUUUGAUGCAACAUCUGACUGACAAGUGCAAUGUGAAGGUGUGGACAGCCACAACUACAAAUGUUAUUUAAGUAUUUAUUAGAUCUGAUUUGAGCUGCAAAGUUGUGCAGUAUUUAGUACAUUUGACUUGAAAGCAUGUUGCUUCUCCGUGUGCAUGAUGGGAAGGAGAGAUGUUCAUAUCCCUGGAUGUGAUUCAUGUACAUACAGUCUCUAUGUUAUACAUAUUCCACAUGCUCCUGACAACUGGAGCCUUCAUGUAAACUUGUGUCAAAUAUUGUCUUUCAAAUCAUUUUCAUAUUUUGUAAUUGUUUCUCUCAUCUUGUAAAUGUUUGACUUGGAUUUCCCUGCUGAGGCUGUGAGCCAAAUGUGUGAGCUUUAAUCCUGGAGGGACUCACAAAUGCCUUGUACAUGUAAAUAUUGUAUGCAACACUUGUAAAUAUCUUUGAUAUCUUUGUGACUUGAUGUACCCGUGCUGUGCUUAUUUAAGGAGACCGUUUGAAGGCAACAAUAAAUGGAAAUGAGCUGAAA